AUGAGAUACCAAGCCAGGGAGGUGGACAUAGACGGCCGAGUGCGUCUGGUGAUGGAGAACGCAUUAACAGCGCGGGACAGAGUCGGGGUCCAGGACUUUGUGCUUUUGGAGAAUUACAACAGUGAGGCUGCCUUCAUUGAAAACCUCAGGAGACGUUUUAGAGAAAACCUCAUCUACACAUAUAUUGGCUCUGUGUUGGUGUCAAUGAAUCCAUACAAAGAGCUGGAGAUUUACUCUAAAGCACAGAUGGAGCGUUACCGAGGGGUCAGCUUCUACGAAAUAUCACCUCAUAUCUAUGCACUGUCUGACAACACAUACAGAGCUAUGCGCACAGAGAGGAAAGAUCAGUGUAUCCUCAUAUCCGGUGAGAGUGGAGCAGGUAAAACAGAGGCCUCCAAGAAGAUCCUGUUGUACUACGCUGUCACCUGUCCCGCCAAGGACCACAUGGACACGCUGGGGGACAGGCUGCUGCAGUCCAACCCUGUGCUGGAGGCUUUUGGUAACGCUAAAACAUUUCGAAAUGACAACUCAAGUCGCUUUGGGAAAUAUAUGGACGUGCAGUUUGAUUUCAAGGGAGCCCCGGUAGGCGGUCAUAUUGUCAACUAUCUUCUGGAGAAGUCCCGUGUUGUUCAUCAAAACCACGGCGAGAGAAACUUCCAUGUCUUCUAUCAGCUUUUGGAAGGUGGAGAAGACGAGCUGAUCAAAAGGCUGAACCUGGACAGGAACCCACAGACCUAUAACUAUUUAGUCAAAGGUAACUGCCCCCGAGUAAGCUCCAUCAGUGACAAGAACAACUGGAAAACGGUCAAGAAUGCCUUUUCGGUCAUCGACUUUACAGAGGAUGAAGUGCAGAUCUUACUGGACAUUAUUGCCAGCAUCCUGCAUCUGGGGAACACUCAGUUUGGAGAAGGGGAGGACGGGGAAACUCAUAUUACCACUGAGGAGCCGAUAAUGAGUCUGGAAAAGCUGCUGGGAGUGGACGGUUCGGCCCUGAAGGAGGCACUCACCCACAGGAAACUCACAGCCAAAGACGAAGAGAUGAUCAGCCCGUUAAACUUUGAGCAGGCCAUGUCAGCUCGGGACGCCCUGGCCAAGGCAGUUUAUGGCCGGACAUUCACAUGGCUGGUAGAAAAAAUCAACCAGUCACUAGCUGUCAAGGAGGAGAUUUAUCAGAGUGGCAAAGCAUCUACGGUUAUUGGACUUCUCGAUAUCUACGGCUUUGAGGUUUUGCAGAACAAUAGUUUUGAACAAUUCUGCAUCAAUUACUGCAAUGAGAAGCUGCAGCAACUGUUUAUUGAGCUCACCCUCAGAUCUGAACAGGAGGAGUAUGAGACAGAGGGGAUCACGUGGGAACCAGUGACAUAUUUUGACAACAAGAUCAUUUGUGACCUCAUAGAAGAAAAGCACAAAGGCAUCAUUUCCAUUUUGGAUGAGGAGUGUUUGAGACCUGGGGAAAGAUGUGACAUUUCGUUUUUAGAGACAUUGGAAGACUCUCUUGGUUGUCACCCACAUUUUGUCACUCACAAACUGGCCAACGGGAAAACACGCAGAAUCAUGAACAGAGACGAAUUUAGACUGUUGCAUUACGCGGGAGAAGUUAAUUACAAUGUUGAUGGUUUUCUGGAUAAAAACAACGAUUCACUAAACAGGAAUUUGAAGGAGGUUAUGUGUCAGUCUGAGAACAAGAUCCUGAGGCACUGUUUCCCUCGAGAGGAAAUCUUUGACCAGAAACGACCUGAGAUGGCUGCGACACAGUUUAAAAAUAGUCUGAUGAAACUUAAGGAAAUCCUCAUGUCCAAAGAGCCUUCCUAUGUGCGCUGCAUUAAGCCAAAUGAUUGCAAACAGCCAGGUAAAUUUGAUGAGGUCCUGAUCCGGCACCAGGUGAAAUACUUGGGCUUGAUGGAGAACCUGCGCGUCCGGAGAGCUGGCUUCGCUUAUAGGCGUCGGUUUGAAGCGUUCCUUCAGAGAUAUAAGCCGCUCUGUCCAGAGACAUGGCCAAACUGGCAUGGGCCACUUGCUGAUGGGGUGUCCACACUGGUGAACCACCUGAGCUACAAACCAGAAGAAUAUAAACUUGGAAGAUCAAAAAUAUUUAUUAGAUUACCAAAAACUCUCUUCAACACAGAAGAUGCUUUAGAAGCAAAGAAGCCUGAGAUUGUGUUGACCCUGCAAACAUCCUGGAGAGGAUACAGAGAACGAGCCAAAUACAAACGCAUCAGGCAUGCAGUGAUUGUGAUCCAGUCGUUCUGGAGGGGCAUGAAGGCAAGAAGACGCGCCGCCAGGCGGAGAGGAGCGGCCAACCUGAUACGCAGAUUCAUCAAAGGCUUUAUCUACCGUCACAAUGAUUACUGUUCUGAAAACGAGUAUUUCAUUGACCACGUGCGUCGCUCAUUUCUCAUGAAGCUGAGUAAACACCUGCCAAAAAAUGUUUUGGACAAAAACUGGCCAACUCCUCCACCUUCUCUCGAAGAGGCAUCUGAACAUCUACAAAGACUUCAUUUGUGCAAUAUGGUGACUAAGUACUGCAGAAGUAUCCAGCCUGAAUGGAAAAAACAAAUGACACAGAAAGUUGCAGCUAGUGAGAUAUUUAUGGAUCGAAAAGACAGUUAUCCGAUGAGCGUUCCCAGGCUGUUUUUGGACUCAAGGCUUGAGCGUGAGCAAAUUAAUCUAAAAGUUGUCCAGACACUUGGUACCGACAAAGUACAGUACGGUGUGAACGUGGUUAAAUAUGACAGAAGAGGGUUUAAACCUCGCCCUCGACAGUUGCUCCUGACCAACACGUUUGCUGUACUUGUGGAUAGGACCAAAAUCAAGCAGAAAAUUGACUACAACGCUCUGAGAGGCAUCUCUGUGAGUGCCCUCAGUGAUGGGAUGAUUGUUCUGCACAUGCCUAAUGAGGACAAGAGGCAGAAGGCAAAAAAGGGCGAUGUCGUGUUGCACUGCUCCCAUGUGAUGGAACUGGUGACAAAACUCGCAUUGAUGUCAAACAAGACCAGCUGUGUGAACGUCAGUCCGGGAAGCAUAACGUUUGUCAUAGCACGUGGCCGAGAGGGAUUCAUUGAUUUUACAAGGGGCUCUGAGUUGAGGGUGGUCAAAGGCAAAAGAGGACAUCUACUGGUGACUGCUCCAAACAUCAACAACACAUGA